AUUCUUACUUUUAUUUUACUUCAACUAAGACCAGUGGCCUCUCUGUUUCUCUGUAAUCGCCAGCUUUCAGGCCAUGGCCGACUCGAACUCCUUCGUCUUUGGAACAUUACCAACUUCUUCUGCUUCUUUUUCCUGCGGAACAGUUGAUUUCAAAGCCAAACUCCGCCCUCGGAAACGUACAAUCGUGGCGAAAGGUGGUAGGAAUCGCUGCUCUUGCGGGGCCAACACCGAGUCCUCUGCAACAAAUUCAAAUUUGUCAAAUUCCAUUCUUACGACUCCGUUUUCCAACCCCUUCCCGUCAUCACAUCCUCCAUCAACGAAUUUCCCUGCUUCGAUUUCUUCCGGAUUGCAGUCUUGUAACGAUAAAAAGGUCAUGCCAUUGAGCUCAGAUAACGCAGAGAAUUCACGGAAAGACGCUCAACCCAAUCAGCAAACAAUUCAGAAAGAGAUCGAGACGGUUCCGAAAAUGGAAGAAACUUCUGAAUCUGUUUCGUCUCCACGUUUACCACUGAUACCCAUUUCGCGAAUUCUGAAAGACAUCCCUCACAGUCCUCACUUUCUUCAGCUUCGGAGCUACUCUGAAGUGGCAAGGAAGAGUUUGAUGGCCGGGUGGGAUCGAGCAUUUGAAGAAACAGUCGAAGAAAUCCAUACUCUGAAAGCAAAUGAUUUCUGGGUUAGGUCCAGCGAGCUGUGGAAGACUAUGGAGGAGCUUCAGAGUUUGGGGUACAAUGUGUUUCGGCCGAGGAAAAGAUUAGUGGAACUAACCAAGGUUAUGGAGGAGCUCCAUCUGCACAAAAUGUGGAUUCGGCGAUUGAAGAGCAAGGCCGAGUCUCAUAGAAUGGAAAAGUGCAGGCUGGAGAGUGUGAUUUUGGGCCUACAGAAAAGUGCUGAGAGAGAGCAGGCUGAUUUAGUGGAAAUGCUGGUAGAGGUGACAAAGAUGGAAAAAGACGCGCCCAAAUUUGAUGGUGCCUUUGCUGCGUUAGCCAUCGAACCCAUGUAGUCUAGAAUUCUCCGUCGCUAGUGGUUAAGUGGGGUGCAGCCUCGCAGCCUCUCACUAUAACUGGGCUUUUCGGGGGUCUUUUAGAGCUUUCUUGGAUCUCGGUUUUGUUGAAUGUAACAAAGGGCUUAAUACAGAGACGCACAGAGCCCCGUUUGUAAUUUUUAUAAAUUACUGCUACGGCUCCGAAUUCGAGAUCUAAAAAAAUAUUUUGAAUA